AUGGCACCUCCGGGACGACGGAAGUCCUCAUCGCUCACCCUAUUUCCGCUCCUCUUGCUCGUAUUUCUCUGCACAUGUGCACACGCGGCGUCCGCUGUCUUGGGAAUUGACCUGGGCACCGAGUAUCUCAAAGCUGCAAUCGCCAAGCCUGGCAGUCCAAUCGACAUUGUUCUGUCGAAAGAUUCAAAGAGGAGGGAGGCGGCCACACUUGCAUUCAAACCGUCUAGAGCACAAGCAAACGAUGACGAAGCAUUUCCCGAUCGGCUAUACGGUGGAGAUGCCGUCGCCCUGUCCGCUCGAUUUCCUGCUGAUGUGUACCCCAAUUUGAAGAGUCUCUUGGGUCUGGAUGUUUCCUCGGAUGCCCUGAAGACAUACUCUGGACGAUAUCCCGGACUGAAGAUUGAGUCCGUACCGCGGACGGAGGCAGAAGACAGCACAGGCACCGUCGGAUUCAAAAGCCAGAGUUUCGGCACCAAGCAUGAAGUUUUCAUGGUGGAGGAAUUGCUGGCGAUGGAACUGAAGAACAUCAAGAGCAAUGCAGAAGCCAUGGUGGCCCAAGGGACCCAUAUCUCUGACGUGGUCAUCACAUACCCGGCCUUUUACACCGCUGCGGAGAAGAGAGCGAUUGAAUUCGCUGCGGACCUGGCUGGUUUACGAGUACUGGGCCUCCUCGGCGAUGGACUUGCUGUUGGCCUUAACUAUGCCACACACCGAACGUUCGACAGCGUUUCUGAAGGCGGGAAACCUGAAUAUCAUCUUGUCUACGACAUGGGAGCCGGAUCAACGACUGCAACCGUACUCAAGUUCCAGGGGAGGGCUAUAAAAGGAUACGGCAAGCGCAACCAGACAGUUCAAGAGGUCAUUGUUCUCGGAACCGGCUUUGAUUCGUCACUCGGGGGCGAUUCAAUGAACGACGUCAUUGUUGACGAUAUUGUCAGCCAGUUCCUGGAUAGUCCAAAGACCAAGGACCUAGGACUGGAAAUGGCACAGGUACGGUCCCAUGGAAAGACCAUGGCGAGAAUUUGGAAAGAGGCCGAGCGCAUACGGCAGCUUCUGAGCGCCAAUGCCGUCUCAUCAGCUACCUUUGAAGGCCUUUAUGACGACGAAGUCAAUUUCAAGUACACCCUGACAAGGGAUAAAUUCGAGGAGCUCGCCGCCGGUCAUGCCGCCCGUGUUGGAGGGCCACUCUCUACCGCCCUGGACGCCUCGGGCCUGGAGCUUAGUGACGUGGACUCGAUUAUCUUACAUGGAGGAGCAGUGCGCACUCCAUUUGUACAGAAGCAGCUCGAAAAUGCCGUAGGGGGGUCGGGAAAGCUGAAGGCGAAUGUUAAUGCUGAUGAGGCUGCCGUGAUGGGCGCGGCGUUCAAAGCAGCUGCUCUUAGCCCCAGUUUCAGGGUCAAAGACAUUCGUGAUGUUGACAUCGCCGGAUCUUCUUUCAGCCUGAAAUGGACGAUCGAGAACAAGGAGAGGUCUCAGAAGAUUUUUCACCCGUCCUCUCAAGUGGGUGCCGAGAAGCAGGUCCCGAUCAAGGUAUUGGAAAACGUCAAGCUCAGGUUUGUCCAAUCAUUCAACGACAAGGACUUGUCUGUUUUCGAGGUGGAGGCUUCGAAUUUGACCCAAUCGGCGACUCAGCUAAAGGACAGACAUGGUUGCAGUGCCGCGAAUAUCAGCACUAUCUUCAACGUCCGGUUGAAUCCCCUGGAUGGAUUGCCAGAAGUGGCGUCGGGAUCAGUCAGUUGUGAGGUUGACGACACCAAGUCUGGAGGUGUGAUGGAUAAUGUGAAGGGUCUUUUUGGCUUCGGUUCUAAGAAGGACGAUGACCAGAAGGUGAUGGAACACGACGAAACCGAUGGAGACUCCACGUCAUUGACGCCCCUGCCGGUGUCGGACCCAACAAGUUCUGGUUCCACCAUCUCGUCGGCCUCCUCGUCGUCGAUCUCAUCAGCGAGUGAAGUGGCCAAAACUGGAAAGGCCACGCCAUCCGUUGUCUCGAUCCCUCUUGCAUUGAAGUCGGAAAUUGUCGGUCUCAAUACACCACCGACAAAACUCAUGUCACGCCUGAGACAAAGAUUAGCACAAUUCGAUUCUUCGGAUCGCAAUUCGGUGCUCCGUGCCGAAGCAUUGAACACUCUGGAGGCGUUCACAUAUCGAGCACGGGACUAUCUCGAAGACGAGUCCUUUGUGGCGGCGUCAAGUGAAUCGGCUCGGAAAGAGCUAGAAUCCCAGCUGGCCAGCGCAUCUGAGUGGCUUUAUGGUGAUGGAAUCGACGCUAAAACCCAAGACUUCAAAGACAAAUUGAAAGGUCUGCGAGGAUUAGUUGAUCCAGUGUUGAAACGCAAAGAGGAAGCAAAAAAACGUCCCGAGGCGGUUCAGGCACUGAAAGAUGGAUUGGAAAACCUCGCUAGAAUGAUCAAAAUGGUGGAAGAGAGUAUCCAGAAGGCCGCCGAAGAAGCGGCCUCCAGUGCAGGUUCCGCAACGUCGUCUAUGGCAUCUAGUGCAACAGAAAUUGCGUCUUCGUCCGUGGCCGAGGGUGAGGACCUCGAUGAAGACCCCUACAGUAGCACGUCGAUCACAAGCGCGGUUGAAACGGACGAACCAUCAGCAUUCAAACCUUAUGAAUACACGGCAGAAGACCUGUCGUUGUUGUCAACGAAAUAUGAAGCCGUGAAAGCAUGGCUCGAGGAGAAAUUGGGUCUUCAGGACAAACUGGGACCAUAUGACGAUCCAGCUUUUCUGGUGUCGGAACUGGAGACUCGAGGCCAAGAGUUGCAAAGGGUCGUGUCUGACACGAUUAUGAAAACGAUCAAGAUGCAGGAUACGCCUCGCAAGCCGAAAGCUAGCAAGAAGGGGAAAGGGAAGGGAAAGAAGAGCAAACCAUCAAGUGAGGCAACAGGUUCGUCAAGAAAAAGCUCAUUGACAGGAUCAGAGUCGUCUGCGUCGAGCACAUCGACAACUCCAAGGGUGAGGGAUGAGUUGUAA